AUGUCCACAGAUAUAACAGGGGACGAGCAGCCGAAGGUAACGACAGGAGCGAAUGGAAAAGAGCAACGAGGAUUGAACGGGGAUGGAGGGGAGCCUGAGGUGUUUGAGGCUAAGUGGGGCCAAAGGUCGGGUACAAAGCCUAUCCCGGACAAAGCGUGUGAGUUGCUGGAGCGACCUCGGAACUUUCCUAAGUCUUGUACGGUACUACAUAGCAUAUAUUCGAGCUCCCAUGAGGUGAAUUCUGUGGGUUCGGCCGGGAAGAGCGGCACCAGAGAUCCAUUCCACCAUUCUCGAUACCUUGCGGUCUUUGAAGUCGCUACUUCCUUCGUAAGAUACUCGCAAGUUCUAAUCUCCCUUCAAAGCAUCCGCUACUCUUCGCCCACUCUUCUUCUAAUUCUGCGCUCCGGCCAAUAUCCAUCUGGUCGCUGCCAAAACCCAUUCGCUAUCGUCAUCCGCUACACCAUGCAUACAAUCAUAAACUUUGUCAGCCGCUCGUUCUUCAGAUCCCUCACCCUUUUACUCCUCCUCUAUAUUUCGUUUACACUUGGGCAAUACUUCGUCCAAAAGCAAAUAGAUGGAUGUCAAUAUUCAUCUCUCACCUGGAACACCUAUCUCUACUUUUCCGACCCGUUGACUCCUAAGGUUCACUACUCUAUCCGAACUCAAUUCAUCGACUACUACCCACGAGAACUGACUAAAGCACUAUCGGCUGCCGGCUUCAAUCUCAUCCGGGCACCGCCUGAAUCCGAUCCCCAAGCGAUAUGCCAAUGGCAUGAUGGCGGUAAAGUGAAGAAAGGAGGAUGGACUCGCGGAUACAUCACUUUCAAAGGGGCAGGUGACCGCCACGCCAUCGACAAAACCUUGACGCGAAUCGCGGAUAUUCUGAGGACGCACAGGCCUUCUCGAGAUCUAGUUGAGGUCGGGUUUCUCAUCGCCUCCCCUUUCAUCGCCAUCAUCUUGGCACUCAUCUUGCAAUGGUACUGCGUUCACAAAUGUCGGAAUUCUGGGGAAAGUGAUACGACUUCCGUGGAUGUCGAGUUGACUUCAAUGAAAUCUCACAGUGUACCGGAUCUGCCUGUUACAGCGAAUCCUUUCCGCGUCAAACCGAAUCACCUUCGGCUUGAUGAGAUCAAGGCGAGAGACAAGGCACCGCCAUCCUACUCAGGUGGUGAAGACCUCGUUUCCGUUCACUCAACACAGUCUAUCGAUUUUGAUUUGGCGUCUAUGAAGACAGGAGAGAACUAUUCAAUCUCCAUCGCGUCGUCUUCGAAAUCGGGAAGUGAAGGAUUAGCGUUCUGCAUUCUUUACUUCAACGCUUGGUUUGAUGCUAUUGGAUUUGGGUGGAGUUAUCAUGGAGUCUUCGAGCUGUCUUCAAUUCCAUUCUGUUCCUUCUCUAACGCUAAAUUAGCAGGUUUGGCUUGCACUUCCCCCUGCUCUGCGUCUCGGCCUUGCCCUCCAUGGUACAGAUCAUUGACAUAUAGGAACGCUAACACCCGGCCAUCCCACCAAGCUCAAAAACGACUUUUUAAAAAUUCUCUCUUGUUCUUCAAUAAGAUCCUUCUACCUUCUCUGCCCAUCACUCAAAGCUCUCUCUCAGUUUGUCGAGCGCAGCACUCCAUCAUGAAACCACUUCUCUGCACUCUGGCCAUUACUGCCACCACCACAGCUCGAGGGCUAACCAACCUCGAAAGUCCUACUGGGGAUGUCGUGGUUCAUGCUACGAAUCCUCCAACAACGACAGUUGAUGUCAACGUCGGUAGGCAUCGCCGUAUACACAGUCAUCCAAACGAAUACCACGGCGAGCUCAUCAUGCCUGCCUCACCUCAAGCAUAUGCAGCACCCACGCUUAACUUGGAGGAAAUAAAUACAGAGCUGAUUCCAAGCAUCAACUCCCAGCAAAGAGAAUCACAGCGACGUCAUUUAUCGCAUACACACGACAGCUCCGAGCCAACCCACAAGAUCCCAGCGCAUACGUCAUGGAGCAAUCUCCACAAGCUUCCCGCGCAAAUAGAAGACCCUGGCUAUGCAGGGCUGGUGCGUACCAAAGCUCAAGGUCAAGCCCAGCGCUGUACUGCUACUGCUACUGCCACUCCCGCUAUCGAAUCACGAGCCCGGGACUUCAACGUCAAACGCUGGAUCACAUCUACAUUCCUUUCCACUGCCGCUUCCGCUAACGAGCGCAGCUCAUACACCAAAUAUACCCCGAAAUGCACCACUGGAACCAGAGGCAGCUGCAUCUACUUCACACUCGCAUACACCAACUCCACAUAUUUCACUACCUCACCCCCUAACAACGGCAACAACAACGGCAUCUCCCACAUUCCAAUUUUCUACAUUGACACCCCCUGGAUCCUAACCUACGCCCAAAAGCUCUCAUCCGCCCUAUUCAACAACGCCACAACCUCAUCCACCUGUCCUAAAGGGAAUUGUAAAUCCUGCCCAAUCCCCAUCCCAGGAUCUCCGGAUAUCCAUCUCCUCCGUCUAAACUCCACCGCCCAACAAGUCCUUGAAACCACAACAGUCCCGGUGACCUAUAAUACAUUACUAGUUGUCUCUAAAACCGCAGUGCAACGCGGAAGGCUUGCUGUCCUGUCUCCAGCGCCUAACCAAGGCUUCUCGCUUGACUCGGAAAAGUCCUUGCUCUACCUCCCCGUGCUCACAUUCAUCGAAGAUAAAUUGACAUCAGUGUACCCUACGUUGGAAAUCGGACUGAUAUUGGGAUUCCUAUUACCGAUUCCUGCGGCAAUUGCGGGGUUCUUUGGGGCUGCGGUGUUGGGUGGUGAGAUUGUGUGGAGUGGGAAAGGGAGGAAGGGCGCAGGGGCAGGGGGAAGAGGAGAUGUGAGAGCUUGGGUGCAGCUUGGAUUGGCGAGGUGUCGGCUGGAGAUGGAAGUUUGGGAGGUUUGGGGCGCUAUGGGAAUGUGGAUCUCGUCUAUGGCGUUCAUCUGGAGCGGCCUAGAUAGAUCGCUAGGUCGCUAG